AUAUUUAGUUAUGCGAUUUGUAAUUGCCACAACUCACGCGGAGUCACUGAUCACAUCAUCCAUGCACAUUUAUUCCACUCGUUUCCUGCCAUUCGUACUUGAGCUGAUCACUAUACUCAGUGGCAGUCAUCGUGCUGUCAAGAUUCAAGCCAAUUUUUGGGGCCACAUACUUGUGUGCCCCAACCAGCCUUCAAAACCUCUUCGUCCUGCCUCUGCGCCUCCCACUCCUCCGCAGCAUGUCCCACAAGCCCAUCCAAACCCUACUCAAUGCCAAUGAGGAGUGGGCGCAGAACAUAAUGAAGAACACGCCCGAUUUUUUCGCUCGGUCAGCCACCAGUCAGAGCCCCAAGAUCCUUUGGAUUGGCUGCUCUGACUCGCGCGUGCCAGAAUCUGUUAUCACAGCGUCUAAGCCUGGUGAUAUAUUUGUGCACAGAAACGUUGCCAACCAAUUCCACCUCCACGAUGACAGCGCCCUCUCUGUCCUCGCUUUUGCUAUCAAAGAAGUUGGUGUUGAACACGUCGUUCUCGUCGGUCACACCAACUGUGGAGGUGCCAUGGCUUGCAUAGAAGCAGCCAAAAAGACAGCCGCUAACCCCGGCGCGUCCACCCCGCUCACGCGCUGGCUGAGCCCCCUCACCACACUCGUUCGAUCUCUCGACCUCUCCGCGUGCUCUGCGAGUGAGGCGCUGAACAAAGUCGUUGAAGCCAAUGUCAUCAUGCAGGUCAACAAUAUCUGCAAAUCGGAGCCGAUUACCACUGCCUGGGCAGACCCGAACACGAGAAAAGUGACCGUGCACGGAUGGAUGUACGACCUCGCUGAGGGACGCAUCAAAGAGCUUGUCGUCCGGGACGCUCAAGCGUAACGAGAACAGUUCAUGACUUGUUUAUCUUUGAUGCCAAUGCUUUGCGAUAAAUUCAUGGUUUUCGAUGCAUUCUUUGCUAGUUUCGUGUAAAAUCACUGCACACGUCAAAGGGUGUGCUGCGGGUUGUUUCUGUGUAGGAUUAUGCGUGUCAAUGCAGCUCUUCCUUCCGUCCCCCCACAUUUGAUUGUCGAAUCAAGUCCUCGGGGUUCAAUCAUUGCGAUGCCCCAUUACCAAUGACACGACUUCGGGGAUAAUGAGUGGCACCAAAAUCCCCGUGAGAUUGAUUUGAUGUAGACUCUGAGGCAAUGAUGAUUCCGGCGCCCAAUUUCAUUGUCAGACCGAGGCAAUCCCACAAAGUCCCACUCCAAAGCAGGAGGUGAUAGUAUUCGGUCUCUUGGAUCUCUUCCAAUGUACUCGCGUCCGACGCUCUAAAUUGGUGUGCAGACGAGUCAGUACAACCAUAACGCCGCAGAUAACUGAUAGAA